UUAGCGUUGUGUAAGUUGCGCCUUAGCGCAUUGCAGUCUAUUGGACUCCUGUAAAAUAUGUUAUAUGCACGUUGAUAAAAUAUACUCAAGUUAUGGGUUAAAUUAAUUCAUUCGAGUUAUUAAUAAUUAUCCUGCUAAAGUUAUAACAGUUGGCGACGAGGAUUGUGCGUUUCUACGCGUAUUAUAUGGAACAAUGUGUUCGUACAGUGUAUCAGUUCGCGGAGUAUUUUUUCGUGGAUUUCGUUGCUGAUAAAUCUCCGUGCACGCCUUCGCCAUGACGAGAAGCGGAGCAGCAAAGAACGGCGAGAAUGACGAAGAAGCCAAAGUAUCGGAGGUAGCUGCUUCAUCUACGGUAAUCAAUAAUUAUACAACUACGCAAUCGAUGUUCCAAUGUGAAAAAUUCGAUGCUAAUACUAUGAUAUGGGACCGGUGGAUCCAACGAAUCAAAGGUGCAUUUGAAACGUUCAGUGUUCCUACGGACAAACAUACACAUUAUUUAGUUCACCAUGUUGAACUUGAUACGUUUAAUUUACUGGCGGACAAAGUAUCGCCAAAAAGUCCGUAUUCGUUGAAAUAUGACCAUGUCAAGCAGCUCUUAUCAAAUCAUUUCAGUCCAGUACCGUUGGAAAUAGCUGAGAUAUUCAAAUUUAAUCAUUGUGUACAAAAGGAGAACGAAUCCGUACGUGACUUUGUAGCAUCUUUACAAAAGUUAUCAAUUCACUGCAAUUUUGGUGAUUAUCAGAAGAAAGCUUUACGUAAUCAGUUGGUAUGUGGUUUACGCGAUAUAAAUACGCAAAAUCGUUUGUUGGAAAUUUCCGAUCUUACCUUCGAGAAAGCAUUAGAAAUAGCUACGUCUAGAGAGACAUGUGCUCAAGGUUCAGCAGCUUUACAUAGCGACGUGAAAAAAUCGACAGCUGAGGCCGAAGUAAAUGCUCUCCAUACUGAUAAGAACAAGAAGCGGCAUCCUAAAGAGUUCAUCGAUAGAAAGAAGUUUGAUAACGAUUCAACUUCUAAGAGAUGUUAUCGUUGCGCAAAAACUGGUCAUUUACCGGAGGAUUGUUAUCAUAUUAACGCCACAUGUAAUUUUUGUGAGAGAAUUGGCCACAUCGAUCGCGCUUGUUUCCACAAAAACAAGGAGAAAGAAGCCCAGACAUCGGCACUUGGAUCGAAGACAGCUCAUGCAUCGGUAAUUGAAGCUGUUGAAGAGUUCGUCGAUAUGUAUGUGAACGAAUGUGAAUCUUCGAGCAGUCUGCGCAGAAAAAUCUGGGUACAUCCUACAAUCAACGGUGUCGAGUUAAAAAUGGAACUCGAUUGUGCAGCGGCAGUUUCAACAAUAAAUUAUCGAGAAGCGCUCAAAUAUUGGCCGAAAGCUGAAGUAAAAACCAGUCAACUUACCUUGUUAUCGUUCAACGGGCAGCCAUCCAAGGUUCAUAGUGAAAUUAUGGUUCGUGUAAACUUCGAAAAAUGUACCAAAGAGCUCAAGUUGUUUUUAGUGAAAGAAGAGCGACCCCCGUUAUUUGGUCUCGAAUGGAUCUACGUAUUCAAUGUCGAUUGGAACAAGUAUAUUCCUUACAUGGAUAAUUAAUUUGGUUUAAUUUCGUUUUCGUUUUUAUUUUUUGUUUACGUUUUGUCGAUUUUGCUUUAUUUUUCGUUAACUUCGACGAAUUUUUCUUAUUUUUUACUUGAUUAAUGUUUCGUUAUUUUUAGUUUUAGUUCGAUCUAUGUAUCGUUAUUCUUAUUUUUAUUUAUUUUUUUCCAUUCUACGUGAAUAGGAAUCUUUUUUUUUCUAUUUUUUUUGUAAAAGUAGAAAGUGUUGUAGCGUUAGCGUUGUGUAAGUUGCGCCUUAGCGCAUUGCAGUCUAUUGGACUCCUGUAAAAUAUGUUAUAUGCACGUUGAUAAAAUAUACUCAAGUUAUGGGUUAAAUUAA